AUGGAGUACGUGUCAAGCAGGCUGUCCAAAGAAGAUCCGUGCUGUGGGCAAUGGUGCGUGCAUGGAGACCAGGCAGUGGUGUGGACCGACGCCAGCUCUAUCGCUGCCGGUGUUGUUGUGGAAACACCGCAAGGAGCUGCCAUCGAGGACGCAUGCUGGAUUAGAAGAGAUGAGAGCUCCCACAUUAACAUGGCUGAGCUGGACGCAGCAGUUCGUGGCGUCAAUCUGGCCAUCGCGUGGGGCAUGCGAACCAUCGAUCUGCGAACAGACUCUGCGACUGUCUACCGCUGGAUUGACGAUGCGCUGAGUGGCCGGGCACGUCUUCGCACCAAGGCUCAUGGGGAGAUGCUGAUUCGCCGUCGGGUAGAUGUCAUCCGGCAGCUGGUGACGGAACUUGAGCUGGUCAUGUCUGUGACGCUCGUACGCUCCUCAGAGAACCGCGCCGACGCCCUCACGCGAGUCCCAGGGAUGACGCGUGCUGAAGCACGUGCUACUGUGCGGCAGUGUGAGGUGUGCCGCAAGAUCGACCCAGCGCCGGCGAAGUGGCAGCACGGGUCAUUGAGUGUGACUGAGACGUGGUGGCGUCUGGCGACAGAUGUUACCCACUACCUCGGUAGCGCCUACCUGUCCCUUGUCGACUGCGGGCCGUCUCGGUUCGCUGUGUGGCGGCACUUACGUCGUCCAGAUGCGGACACCGUCGUCAGUCACCUGGAACAAGUCUUCUGCGAGCGAGGAGCGCCGGCGGAACUGCUCUGUGACAACGACACUGUCUUCCGAGGCCGGCGAUUCGCAGCUUUCGCGGCGCGCUGGGGCGUGUCGCUGCGCUUCAGAGGGCAUACGCACCGUCUGGUAACGGCAUCGUGGAAAGGAACCAUCGCACGGUGA